AUGGUUGCCUACUUGUCGCCCUCAUCACCCUCCUCUCCUAUUUCGGCCAGUUCUGAAUUUGAUCAAUUAAUUAACAUCAUUGAACAUAAUUUAGAAAAUUUCUAUACAAGAUUGUGUUCUCCCCCAACAUACACUUUAGACAGUAAAAGUAAAAGUGGCAUUGAUGAAUCUGAACAAAUUCAUGGUUUGACAUGUAAUGAUGAUCAUAUUGAAGAGUUGAAUGAACGCUAUGAUAAGAUAGAAUCUGAGUUGAUCACAUUUGAGAGAAGUUUAUGGGUGCAGUUCUGGUUGAAAUCUGAAUCUGCUAAACGAUUACAUGGUGAAGAGGUGGUCGAACAAAUCAAUAAGAUGGAAAAAAAAUAUGCAGAUAUUAAAAAUUUGAUCAUCUUGCGUCAAAAAGAUUUACAAAUAAUCAAAGAAGGCAGAGAAUUUGCAAAGGGUGUUAAUGCAAUCAGAGACCAACUUGACAUUGUAAAGGGUAAGAUGAGACGUCAAGAUACAAAGACUGAUGCCUCAAUACAGGAAUUAAAUUCUCAUAUGACUGAAACCUUGGAAAUGUUAAAGAAUCUUGAAUCUGCUUAUCAACAUUUGUUAUCUCCUGAUGUUGAAGAUAAAAGAUAUUCUGAAACAAUUGUUGAACAACAAAAUCAAUAUAAUUUGGUGCAAGCUUGGAUUGAAGAAGUAAAAAUUUGGUUUAAGGAAGCUGAACGUAUGCGUGUGUGGAUAGAUGAGCGUAUUGUAAUAUUGGAAAAUUCUCCUAAAUUUGAUGCUUUUCAAGAAGAUAAAGUACCUGCUACACGAGAACAAGUUGAUGAAUGGCAGGAUGAUUGUGAUAAAUUGGAAUUGGAAAUUGAGAAAUUUGAUGCUGAAGAUAUGACUAGAUUAAGAGCCCAUGUCAAAUCUAUCAUGGGUGCUAACACCUCUAACAGUGGUGAUGGAAGUAAUAGCAAUAGUAACACUCAGUUUAAUGAAGCAAUGUCACCUGCUGACACAAUGACAAUUGCCAUCACUCUACAAACACUUAAACAACUUGAUAAUUUAUUGGGAUUGUUGAAACAAAGAUUAAAUGACUUAACUGUGUUGUCACUCAGAGUACAAUGA